AUGAGUGACAGUCACACUCCUCCCAAUGUGGAGGGCAUGCUCUCUCUCAAGGUGGACAAUCUGACCUACUGCACUCCGCCCAGCACUCCGACGCACGAGUUGGAAAGUUCCCAGCCAGCGGGUGAUGUGUACAUUGUCCGUAACCCUGUCUCCAAAGAGUCCCUUGGCUUUGCUUUUGUCCGAUCUCAUCAAAAGCGCCAAGAAGAGAAUGCCAGGGAUGCCGUAGAUGGUAUCCUGUUGGAUGACCGCGAGCUACGGAUGCAGAAGGCCCAGGUUGGGCAAAGAUCAUUGCGCUCCCGUCAUGCCCGCCUGGAAGUGACACCCCGAAAGUGUAAACGUGAUGACAACGAAAGUCUCACCCCGAAGCCUGUUGGUCCUAGCUCUUUCAGUGAGGGGCGUCGUUCUAAAGCCCAAAGAAGAUCCCGUGCUAGGCCUUCACCUGUGACCACGUCUCGCUUGCCAACCAGGUCUGAGAGUCUUCUGCCCAGAUUUGAGAAGGAAUCCAACUCCGGUUCUGCACCUAAGAGCCCUGGAAAGUUCGCUGAAGGGAAAGAUCCUAAUUAA